AGAUUCUGCUUCUCCGACUAGAUUUUUUCUAGGUGAUACCCCGUUCAUGGUAGUAAAAGACCCGGAAAUUAUAAACGAAGUCUUCUUCAAGGAGUUCAGCAAGUUUCAAGGUCGCGGGCGCAUGAUGCACAUCUACGAGAUGGACCCCGUCUUCUCGAGGUACAUUGUGCUCUCCAAGGGCGAGACGUGGAGGACCUCGCGGGCAAGCAUGUCGCCUUUCUUCACUACCGCCAAGCUAAAAGCGGUGAUGCCCUCGCUGCUGCACGCCCAGCAGCAGUUUAUCGAUGUCUUAGGUGAGCACGCUGACAAGGGUGUCGAGGCGGACAUAAACAGCCUUUGCGAGAGGUUGACCUUCGACGUCAUCGGCAAGGCGGCGUAUGGUAUAGACACAAAUGUACAACGGAAUCCCGAAUACCCGCUCUUUAAGAAUGCCCUCGCCAUCCUACCGAACCUCAACUCUGGAUUCCUUUAUAACCUUGGCCAGAACUGCUACCACUGGCCUUGGCUUUUGAAAUUGCCUUGA